GCCACGAUGGUCGCAACACGCACGCUCUCGCUACUUUUAGCCGCUUUCGUCGCUGGCUCGCUCGUGAGCGCCGCGGUACCGAACCACGUGCGCGAGCGCAGACAACUUGCGGAUGAUGAUUCCUUGCAGCCUAUUGAGGACUCGGAGGGCGAUGAGCAGACCAGAGACAAAAGGAAGUUCGAGGGCGUCGCACAAUCUAAGUUCGGCAUCAAAAACGCUAUCCUGGGCCUUGUUUUUGGAGGCAUCAAUUCGCUGAUCGACGCAAAAACAAGAUUGGUGGACACUUUGGAUAGACAGAACAUUGAGAUAAACAAGCAGUAUGGUAUUGAGACACCGCAGAAUGGAAUCGGCGGCUUCGUCGGCGCUAUUGGGCAAGCCAUUCAACCUAAGCUGCAGUUGAUAGGCCCCAAACUUCAAACUGUUACAUCUCUACUCGGCGGCGCGUCUGGUGCAUCCAGCGGGCAAGGUGGGGCCGGCAACGGUGGUGUGGGCUCGUUCAUCAGUCUUCUAACGUCUCUCUCAGGGUCCUCAUCAGGCUCAUCGUCAGGCGGCGCGGCCACUGGCGGAACUGUCGAAACUAUAGAUUCCUCCGAGGAAGAUACCUCGUGAACAUUUAAAUCCAUUACACUACAACACUCGAUAUCGAUGUUCCUUUCUCUUAUUAAUUUGGUUAAGUUAAGAGAGAACCUAAUAUGAACGUCGUCUCAAUCGAGAUUAUCGUUGUUUUGAAAGUUUUAUCUGCCACAUCAUUGGUUUUUAAUUGCAGGUAUUUCGAAACAAUGAUAGUCCGCGUUGCAUUUUGAGUGUCAUUCAAAAGGUCUAUAUUCGUUUCGUCUAUCACAGUUUUGGUAAGGUAUUAUAGCAGACUUUAAGUCUGUAUUGGGAUUGUUUCGUCAUAUUGGGGUGUACGCGUCGACGUAUCGAUAUCGAGUGCAAUAGUAUAUACACUCCUCUCCCUAACCCAGUUAUCUCCUUACGCUGUACAGUAUUUGCGGCCAAUUGCACUCCCAUUUUUGUAUUUAUAUUGUAAAUAGUUUUAGGUGAACGCUGGUGAUAUUAAACGUUUCCUUCCAAUUGUUGUUUGUUUGCACUGCACCUUAUUAUUAGCACACUUCCACAAUUUUAAUCGUUGAUAGUAAAAUUAGACCAGUGAUUCCCAACCAAUGCCAGUAGGUUUCA